AUGGAGAAGAGUAUAUUUGCUAGCUCGAUCUUUAUCAGCUGCUUCAUUUUACUGCAAUUGCGGGGCUCGAUUGCAGCUCUCACAGACGGUUUCACAGCACAAGACUUCACCUUUAAGGUUCAAAAACCAUACGAUAAAAGUGUAGAUCAACGCUACACCUUCAUCAAUGGCGUCCACACUAUGUGGGUCUUCAGCAAUGAUAAACCCGCCUCACCCAACACCAAUACUAAGCCCCGCACGGAAAUGCGUUUGCAAGCCAAGGGCGGCGAUUAUACGUCAGGGGUUUGGCAAUUCGAAGGGGAUAUGUAUGUGCCGUCUGGAAGCACGGGCGUAGCGGUGAUGCAAGUCAUGGGUGGGGUUAACGGAGGCUCUGCGGCUCUGCAAAUUAGGGUUUACGAUGGGGCGUUGAAACAGUAUGGCUCUACUGCUCCCACUCCUUUUGGUCCCGCCAAUGUGUACAAUUGGUGGAUUCAUGUUAAUGUUAUUCAUGAUGCUGACAAAAAGCACAUUCAAGUCUAUUUCGACGGAAAACUCAGCUUGGACGCCCCAAACCCUGGCACUGGAAGCCAUUAUUUUAAAUGCGGCGUUUAUGAACAGAACAAUCCGAGUCAGAGAAUGGAGUCGCGGUGGAGAAAUAUUAAGAUCUGGAAGCGUAAUUAGCUUCUGUGUUUGCAAAUCUUUAUAAAUAAUGUAGCCAUUUCCCAUAUUGCCAUGCAAUCAA